GUUAAAACGGACAGACUAACAGCUGGCCCUCCCUCUGACACCCCUCUCGCCAGUAGUCCGCUCCCCCAGAGUCCCUCAGUCCUGGUCAGAGAGGGAACAAGCACAGGUUGCACUGAUCCAGACUGACCCCACUUACCUCUGUUAAAGGAUACUGACACAACCUGACACAUCGCAGACAGCAUGUCUCAGCAUACUCUGAUGUCAACACAGGAGAGGAAAAUGCAGGCGGCUGCUAUUUGUAGAGAGAUCCAUGCCACUGAUGAAGCAGAGAUGGAUCUAGGAAGGAAAGUUAGCGCACCAAAGGAAAUCAUGUUGGAGGAACUUUCCUUAGCAUCAAACAGGGGCUCCCGUCUCUUUAAGAUGCGUCAGAAGCGCUCAGAGAAAUACACCUUUGAAAGUAUUCAGAAUGAAGCCAACACACAGCACAGCGUAAGUGUCAUUAGUUACAGAGAACACAGAGUGCGUGGUCCAAAAGCACAGAAGAUUGAUGACAUUUCUCUGGGCCAGAGAAACAUUAUGACAACAAAUCAUGAAAAUUGUCUUGAAGUUGACCAGGCACACAAUACACUCAACCCUGAGACUAUUGCCCCAGGCUAUGGUGGUCCCUUGAAGGAUGUUCCAGCAGAGAAGUUCAACUGUACAGCAAUGCCCAAAUCCUACCAGUCCCCCUGGGAGCAGGCCCUCAUCAGUGACCCCUCUCUGGCCGAAACGCUGGUCGCCCGCAUGCCUGAACCUGAAACCAGACAUGAGAUACCUCAGUACAAGAGCUUUAACAGGGUCGCUAUUCCAUUUGGUGGCUUCGGCAAGGCACCCAAAGCCCCUGUUAAAUCUCUUGAUGUGGAUCCCGGCCACGCCAUUCCAAGUCCCAUGGCCAAAGCACCUGCCGGGCUAAAACGGCCCACCUUCAACAGAACCGCCUCAGGCUGGGUUGGUGACAGUGCUCCUCUGAAACUUCCCAGCAUCUCCCUUGAGCCCAUAUCAUCCAUGUCUUCCACAUUUAUCCCAGAGUCAGAUGACCUCUGAGCGUUAUCCUUGUUUUUGUGAACUUCAUUAUCACUGGAAUACACACUACCGGUAAAAAGUUUGGAAAAAGUAUUAAUCUAUUAUUUUAUGCCCAACAAGGCUAAUUUUUUUUUUUUUAAAUACAACAAAACAGUAAUGUUUAGAUUUUUUUAAUAUAUCUUGUA